AUGUCUAAUACAAAAAACGCAAAACAAAAAUUUGAAGAAAUUGCUAAGACAAAUCAAGAAAAUAUUCGAAGAUUAUUAUCAAAUGAAGAUUAUCCAUCAAAUUUAGAUACAGUUGAUGAUAGAAAAUUUAUUGAAGAAGUAUUAAAUAAAACAAAGAAUUCAUUUAAUGCUGGGUCAUCAGACGAUCUUGGUCGUACUUAUCAGUAUUUAAUAGAUUCCUUAUCAUCAGAUGCUAAUAUAUGUUUAAUAUGUAUUGAUAUAAUACAAAAAACUGAUGCAAUUUGGAAUUGCUCAUGUUGUUAUUCACCAUUCCAUAUAGUUUGUAUACAAAAAUGGAUUAAAGAUGGAAUAUAUCAAUCAUCAGCAAUCAAUAAUAAUGAAACAAAUACUUGGCAUUGUCCAAAAUGUCGAACUGAAUUUGAUCAAAAGGAUACACCAAAACGUUAUUUAUGUUAUUGUCAAAAGGAAAUUGAUCCUCAAUUUGAUCCAUGGUUAAUUCCACAUUCAUGUGGACAAACAUGUGGAAAACGAUUAGUACCUGAAUGUGGUCAUAUAUGUUUAUUACUUUGUCAUCCAGGACCAUGUCCACCAUGUCCAAAACAAGUUAAUGUUCGUUGUUAUUGUAAUCAAUCAGGUCCUACAGCACGUCGUUGUGGUUUUAAAGGUUGGUCAUGUGGAAAAAUUUGUUCAAAAUUAUUAUCUUGCCAUCAACAUCGAUGUGAACAAGUUUGUCAUAAUGGGGAGUGUUUACCAUGUCAAAAAACAAGUGUUCGAGCAUGUCUAUGUGGAAAAACAAAGGCAGUACGAAAUUGCAACGAAUUAAAUUUUCAAUGUGAUCAGCCAUGUAAUCGAUUAUUAAAUUGUCAAAUUCACGAAUGUAAACGUAUAUGCCAUAAAAAUGAAUGUGGCUCUUGUCCUCGACAAGGCAUACGAACAUGUCCAUGUGGAAAAACAAAAUAUGAAAAUUUACCAUGUUCGGAAGAUGUUCCAACAUGUGGUGAUACAUGUGAUCGAAAACUUGAUUGUGGUCUUCAUCGAUGCUUACAUCGAUGUCAUACUGGUUAUUGUGAAUCAUGUCGACAGGUUACUUUAAAACGAUGCCGUUGUGGUUUAAAAGAAAAAUUAAUUCCAUGUUGUCAAGAAUAUCUCUGUGAAACAAAAUGUACACGUAUGCGUUCAUGUGGUAGACAUCCAUGUAAACGUAAAUGUUGUGAUGGGAAUUGUCCACCUUGUCAAACAAUUUGUGGUAGAACACUUAAUUGUCGUAAUCAUAAGUGUCUUAGUGAAUGUCAUCGUGGUCAAUGUUAUCCAUGUACACAUAAAGUUGAUGUUACAUGUGCAUGUGGACAAACAUCAGUAACUGUUCCAUGUGGUUGUGAAAAACAAACUCGAAAACCACGUUGUAAUAAAUUAUGUUUGAAACCAUCCGAUUGUCAUCAUACUGAACGGGAACCACAUCUAUGCCAUUUUAACCAGUGUCCUGAUUGUAAACAACAAUGCAAUUUACCAUUAAAAGAUUGUUCACAUUUAUGUUCAGCAACAUGUCAUGAUUCAGUAUUCGUUAAAGAAGAAAUAAAUUCCUCAAAUACACCAUGGGGAAUAAAAGAAAAAGAAAAAUUGGUAAAAAAAUCUUUAUCUUGUCCACCAUGUCAAGUUCCGACAACAGUUUUUUGUUUUGGUCAACAUACGUCUCAAAUCUUUCCAUGCUCUUCAGCACGUCCAUUCUGUUGUGGUCAAUUAUGUAGUCGUAUAUUAAAAUGUCAAAAUCAUUUAUGUAAUCGUCCAUGUCAUCUUGUUACUGGUGUAUCAAAUCAAACUGAUGCUGGUACCGAAUGUGUUAAAUGCGAAGAAAUGUGCACAAAAGAGCGACCAUUAGGUUGUCAACAUUCCUGUCCAUUAGCAUGCCAUCCAGAUAAAUGUCCACCAUGUAAACAACGUCUUCGUAUGAGAUGUCAUUGUAAUACACAAGUGAUUUAUAGUGAUUGUCAUACAUUUACAAAUGCAAUUGAUGAACAAAAAGAAAAACUGAAAUCAUGUGGAAAACCAUGCUCAAAAAAGCUUGCAUGUGGUCAUUCAUGUAGUUAUUCAUGUCACUCAGGUUCAUGUUCAUCUGUUAGCAGUUGUUCACAAUUAGUUCAAGUUCGUUGUGGAUGUAAACGUAUGAAUAAAGAAUUACCAUGUUAUGAAAUAAAUACAAUUAAAAAUUAUCGAUUACCAUGUGAUAAAGUAUGUAUUGAAUUAAAAAAGAAUCGAAUGGCAACAACAUCGAAUCCUCCAAUUGCUCAAUCCAUAGUUGAAGAAUCAAAACCUUCCGUUGAAAUUGAUAAUUCAAUAAUAAAUCGAAAGAAUCAAAAGAAUACAAAUGUUGAGAAAACAAUAACUAAUAAUCGAAAUUCAUCCGUAAAAAAAACCAAGCCACGUCGUAUUGUUUGGACAUCAAAUAAAGUUAUUUUUUUGUUCGCAAUUUUUUCAAUUAUAACCGUUUCAUUAAUUAUUUAUAUGUUUAAAGAAAUUUCUUAA